ACAGUUUAUUCCAAAGUCAGUUUGGAAACCAGUCACAUUUGCAGGGUAUUUUUUUUAAUGCAAAGUAAAAUGUUACUAAUUCAUUUCGUAUUUAUAGAAAACGACCAAAUCAAUCACGUCUAUAAAUACAAGCUGGCUGUAAUUACCAUGAUGAACCUGCAGCAUGAUGGAGGGAGACUGCAGCAGAUCUGAGGCAGCUAAGAACUUUGAGAGCAUCUGUUUAUCAGAGCUGGAUCAAGGUUUCCUCACAGACUGCAGCUUGUCUGCUUUGUCCACUGAAGGAACACUGAAAGCACCCAAAAGCAUUGUGGUAGAGUAUACAGAACCCAGUUCAACCCUUCCUGCUUCCUGUAACCACUCCUCUAGUGUUUUAUCUCCUUCCAAUCUCCCGAGUAAGAUGUCCCUUCUGUCCCCAAGUAUCACCAUGCGUUCUGCUGGCAUGAGCAGUCUCCUGGAAGGUAAGUCCUCCACUCCUUAUGAGAGGAUGACCUUCCAGAAGCCAGUCCUGGCCAGCUCGUUGGACCUUUCCUCCAUUGACCUGACCACCUCACAUCCUUUAUGGGAGGUCUCACUCAUCAAACCUAACAUGGAGAGCCCCAAACUGUGCCUGGAUUCCAGUAAGGUGGAGUUCAUAUGGAGUCCAAGUUACCAAGCUACACCUCCAAAGCCGGCAGAGGUUUCCUCACUGAUCUGGUCAGGGACACCGCCGGAGGGUCAGAGGUCAUGCAGGGAGUUCACCUUUCAGGAUUCGAACCUGCGCCAUGCUGUGUUGGAGCUGACCGACGAGCAACAGAAGAGUUUGUCCCGAAACAUGGCCAUGUAGUUGUGUACACUGAUGCUUGUUGUAGGAUCUGUAUGGUGACCGAAGUGAAGAUUAUUGUAACAAUGUAUAUUUUUGUACUUGAAAUAAAGUGUAGUAUUUAUAUUAA